AUGAAACAGAAUCUGGGGCUCCUGAGACGAGGCGUCGGCGGCGGUCGUGGAGGCCAAGAGACAUGCUGUUCCGUCUGUCCUCUGGGUCAACAGACACGCAAACAACCAUCCAGCAGCCAGCAGUCAGCCAGCCGUCAUCCGAUUGGCCAGCUGCAUACAAUAUUUGGGCCUGCCUCGACUCAGACGGACAGAGCCGGAGACAGGCCAUCGAGAGCUGCAGCCUGGGGCCUGGUCAACGCGGUCCGGAUGGGCCCACCGGCGAGACAGUUGACACAAGAGAACCCGCAACACUGUGGCAGGGCUGAGGAGGCAGGCGAAUCGCCACACCUCGAGGCGGAAACAGGCACGCAGACAGACAGAUAA